CUAUGCAGUCUUUUUAGGCUUAUGUGCAUCCCUCCUUGUGUGUUCAAACAGCUCUUUAGCCAUUGAUGGGGGUGAUUUAUGGGCAAGGAUUGGGGUGUAUGUGUUAGAUUGUGUGAUUAAUCAGAAGAUCCAAUCCUACUGGCAUCUCUUCGCUUCUCUCCCUUCUCUCGUUUUCUCUCUGCCCCUCUCUUGUGAUGUAACAUCAGACGUGUAUUCUGCAUUGAGGAGUCAAGACACACAGGCAGCUCGCACACACAUACACACCUACAAGUCCUGCUGGAAGCAGGAGGGGGGGGAGAGAAAGCAGGCAGGCUGGCUUGCUUUAGCAGAAGAAUUUCCAUUGACAUUUGUAAAUUACACUAGACUCCAAGCUCGCUGAGUGUUGUGUGCAACCAGGCAGUCAUCAGCAGUCUCUUUUCAAUCCUUUUGCCUGCAACAAUGUCUGAGUUCUUCCUAGCCUUGGUGGCUCUAUCAGGAUUACUGCCUAUUGCCAAGGUGCUGAGUCUGGGUGCUGAUGCAGAACAACAAUUGUGUGAUCCAGGCGAGUUUGUAUGUCACGAUAAUGUCACAUGUGUAUCACAGAGCUGGCUAUGUGACGGAGAACAGGACUGCCCGGACAAUUCAGACGAGUCACCAGAACGUUGCCAGGAAAACAUAGUUUACAAGUGCCCCGUAAAUCACAUCCUUUGCAUUGGAACCAAAACAUGCAUCCAUCUGUCAAAACUCUGCAAUGGAGUCUUGGACUGUAGUGAUGGCUACGACGAAGGAGUGCACUGUCGCGAGCUGCAAUCAACGUGUCAGAAGCAGAACUGCCAAUACAGAUGUGCACUGAGCAGAAACAGCACGCAGUGCUACUGUCGAGAUGGCUACGAGCUGGGAGCAGACAGGAAAAGCUGCAUAGAUGCGGAUGAAUGUUCAUUGUACGGCUUUUGCAGUCAGACCUGUAGGAACACACAAGGCUCUUAUACAUGCAGUUGUGUCGAAGGGUAUUUAAUGCAGCCGGACAACAAAUCCUGCAAAGCCAAAAAUGAGCCCGCUGACAGGCCUUCAGUUCUUUUGAUUGCAAACUCUGAAACAAUAGAAGUGCUGGAUCUUAGUGGGGGCAAAGCGCCCACCAGGAGCCCUAUGAAUGCAAAUGGAAUUCAAACGCUGGAUUUUCUGUAUGAUGAGAACACCGUCUGCUGGAUUGAAUCCAGGAAGUCUUCAUACCAACUGAAAUGCCACAAGAUAACAAAGACAUGGACUUUCACAGAAGGGAGAACAAUGUACAUAUCUCAGCACCUACACAAUGUUCAGCAAAUGGUCAUUGACUGGAUUACUGGAAACUUUUACUUUGUGGAUCAUGGGAACGACAGGAUUUUUACAUGUAGCCGCAAUGGGACUGUGUGCAUCACCUUGGUGGACCUUGAUCUCCAUAAUCCGAAAGCGAUUGCACUGGACCCGAUAGCGGGGAAAUUGUUUUUCACGGAUUAUGGGAACGUGGCGAAGGUGGAAAGGUGUGAUCUGGAUGGAGGGAACAGAACGCGGAUUAUUCUCACUAAGAUCGAACAGCCGACCGCCCUGACGCUGGAUCUUGUCAAUCGAUUUGUUUAUUGGGCGGAUGUUUACCUGGAUUACAUAGAAGUGGCUGAUUAUGAAGGAAGGAACAGACAUUCUAUAUUACAUGGGAAGGAGGUCAGUCAAGUGUACGGUUUAUCAUUAUUCGAAAAUUAUUUGUACGCCACCAAUCUGGACAAUGCCAACAUUCUGAAGAUCAACAGAUUCAACAGUACAGAUAUACAAUCUUUAUUAACAAUGGAAAACGCCCGUGGCUUGAAGGUUUAUCAUAAACGCACCCAGCCAACCGGCAGGAGUCACGCAUGUGAAAUCAGCGCAGAUGGUUUGCCAGGGGGCUGUUCCCACAUCUGUCUGCUCGGAUCCAGCUACAAAACGCGGACCUGUCGCUGCAAGACCGGAUUCAGCUUGGCAAUGGAUGGAAAGUCUUGCAAAAAACCUAAAAAUGAAUUAUUCCUGUUCUAUGGGAAAGGGAGGCCAGGAAUAAUUCGGGGAAUGGAUCUAAACACCAAAAUAUCGGAUGAAUACAUGCUUCCUAUUGAAAACUUAGUAAACCCUAGAGCUUUGGAUUACCACACGGAGUCUAGUUACAUUUACUUCGCCGACACCACCAGCUUCCUCAUUGGCCGGCAAAAGAUUGAUGGGACUGGGAGGGAAACUAUCCUUAAAGAGGAUGUGGACAAUGUGGAAGGGAUUGCUGUUGACUGGCUUGGUAAUAAUUUAUAUUGGACAAACGACGGACAAAGGAAAACAAUUAAUGUCGCUCGCCUGGAAAAGGCAUCACAGAGCCGCAAAACCUUAAUAGAGGGGGAAAUGUCACAUCCUCGCGGAAUUGUCUUGGAUCCUGUUAACGGCUGGAUGUACUGGACGGACUGGGAGGAGGAUGUUGUUAAUGACGGUGCUGGACGUAUAGAAAAGUCCUGGAUGAAUGGAGCUGAUCGGCAGGUUUUUGUCACCUCCAAGAUGUUGUGGCCCAAUGGAUUAUCGCUGGAUUAUUCAAACCAAGUGCUGUACUGGUGUGAUGCCUAUUAUGACCACAUUGAACAGAUUUUUCUAAAUGGGACCAACAGAAAGGUAGUCGGUAGCGGGAAAGAGUUAAACCAUCCGUUCGGCCUCUCCCACCAUGGCCAAUACAUCUUCUGGACUGAUUACAUGAACGGCUACAUAUUUCAGCUCAACUUGAGAACCAAUAAUAUUUCUCUUUUGCGGCAAGAGAGGCCGCCGCUGUUUGGUCUUCAGAUUUAUGACCCCAGAAAACAGCAAGGUGACAACGCUUGCCGCUUGAACAAUGGAGGCUGUGGAACGCUCUGUCUCGCCAUUCCUGGAGGGAGAGUUUGUGGCUGUGCUGAUAACCAGCAUCUGGAUGACAAUAAUUCAACUUGUGUGUUUAACAUUGAUGAAACCUCACCGAAGUUAUGCAGCUUGGAAGAAUUUCAGUGUAAAAACCAGCACUGCAUACAAGACGGCUGGAAAUGCGACGGAGAGGACGACUGCCUGGAUGGGAGCGAUGAAAAUGUUGACGCCUGCUUGAACCACAGCUGUCCGGGAGAUCAAUUUAAGUGCCAGAGUAACCGCUGCAUUCCCAAGAGGUGGCUUUGUGAUGGCGCCAAUGAUUGCGGAAAUAAUGAAGACGAAUUUAAUGAGACCUGCUCAGCCAGGACCUGUCAGCCUCACCAAUUUUCCUGUGCCAACGGCCGCUGUAUUUCCAAAUCGUGGCAGUGCGACCAGGAGGAUGACUGUGGAGAUAGAUCCGACGAAACCAUGUCCUGCGAUCUGCAGACCUGUGAUCCUGUGACGCAGUUUGUUUGUGGAAAUGGAAGAUGUGUCAGCCACAAAUGGCGAUGUGACUCAGAUGAUGACUGUGGAGAUGGCAGCGAUGAAUCGGGAUGUUCGGUUUCGUGUUCGGAGAAGCAGUUUCGAUGUUCCAGUGAUCGUUGUAUCCCAGCGCACUGGGUGUGUGAUGGAGAUAAUGACUGUGAAGACUCUAGUGAUGAAACCCAUGCCAACUGUUCCAAAACAGCAAUGCCAGCUUUGGGAUCUUGUGAAGGCAAACAGUUUCAAUGUCAGCCAGAUGGCAAUUGUAUCCCAGAACUUUGGCUAUGCGAUGGGGAGAAGGAUUGCGAGGAUGGCAGCGAUGAGAAAGGCUGCAAUGGAACUCUUCGGAAAUGUGAUGCCAAGACUAAAUUUGCAUGCAAAAAUACAGGGAGAUGCAUUAGCAACGCGUGGGUAUGUGAUGGCGAUAUUGACUGUGAGGACCAUUCUGAUGAGGAUAACUGUGAAGGAUAUUUAUGUGGACCACCCAAAUUCCCCUGUGCUAACGAUACCGCCAUCUGCCUGCAACCCGAGAAGCUCUGCAAUGGUAGAAGAGAUUGUCCUGAUGGAUCCGACGAAGGCGAAAUUUGUGAUGAAUGUUACCUGAACAAUGGUGGCUGCAGUCAUCAAUGCAGCGUGGCCCCUGGCAGGGGUAUUGUAUGUUCGUGUCCUCAGGGGAUGUACCUAAGUCCAGAUAACAAGACCUGUGACAUUGUGGAUUAUUGCACAAAGCAUCUAAGGUGCAGCCAGGUGUGUGAGCAGCACAAACAUGUCGUCAAAUGCUCGUGUUAUGAAGGGUGGACACUAAACCCGGAUGGGGAAACCUGCAGCAGUGUGGAUACAUUUGAAGCUUUCAUUAUUUUUUCCAUCCGUCACGAGAUAAGACGGAUCGACCUUCAUAAGCGGGAUUACAGUUUGCUGGUUCCCGGUCUGAGAAACACAAUAGCUCUCGAUUUCCAUUUCAAUCAGAGUUUGUUGUAUUGGACGGAUGUUGUCGAGGACAAAAUCUAUAGAGGUCGAUUAUCAGAAACAUCAGGUGUUAGCGGGAUUGAAGUCGUCAUUCAGCACGGUCUGGCCACACCUGAGGGCUUAGCAAUAGACUGGAUAGCUGGGAACAUUUACUGGAUAGACAGCAAUUUGGAUCAAAUUGAAGUUGCUAAAUUAGAUGGCAAAAUGAGAUCGACAUUAAUAGCAGGUGGGAUGGAGCACCCCAGAGCUAUCGCCUUGGAUCCGAGAUAUGGAAUAAUGUUUUGGACAGACUGGGAUGCCACAUUUCCACGUAUAGAGUCAGCCUCGAUGAGUGGAGCAGGAAGAAAGAUCAUCUACAAAGACAUGGAAAGUGGCGCUUGGCCUAAUGGCCUCACCGUGGAUCAUUUUGAAAGAAGAAUAGUUUGGACAGAUGCCAGAUCUGACGCAAUCUACUCAGCUUUAUAUGACGGAAGUUCCAUGAAGGAAAUUAUUCGGGGACAUGAAUAUCUCUCCCAUCCUUUUGCUGUGUCGCUGUUUGGCAGUGACGUAUACUGGACAGACUGGAGGACGAACACAUUGUCUAAAGCAAACAAAUGGACCGGCCAAAAUGUCAGUGUUAUACAGAAGACAAGCGCUCAGCCAUUCGAUAUUCAGAUCUACCAUCCCAGCCGCCAACCGCAAGCUCCCAAUCCUUGUGCCGCUGGCAAUGGAAGGGGCCCGUGUUCUCAUCUGUGCCUGAUCAACUUCAACAGAACUGCGGCUUGUGGCUGUCCACACCUGAUGAAGCUAUCCUCCGACAAGAAGACAUGCCAAGAGAUGAAAAAGUUUCUUGUCUAUGCCAGAAGAUCAGAAAUACGAGGAGUUGACAUAGAAAACCCCUACUUCAACUUCAUUACAGCCUUUACUGUUCCAGACAUUGAUGAUGUGACAGUGGUAGACUUUGAUGCUCUCGAAGAAAGAUUGUACUGGACAGACGUAAAGACUCAGACAAUAAAACGCGCGUUCAUUAAUGGGACCAGUCUGGAGACGGUCAUCUCAGGAGAUAUUCACAGUAUCCGAGGUCUGGCUGUGGACUGGAUAUCACGCAAUUUAUAUUGGAUCAGCUCAGAAUUUGAUGAAACGCAAAUUAAUGUGGCCAGGUUGGAUGGCUCUCUGAAGACAUCAGUUAUACACGGCAUUGAUAAAGCACAGAGCCUUGCUAUUAACCCAGCAAGAGGGAAGAUUUUCUGGAUGGAUGGAAACAGCAUCAAUAUGGCAAACAUGGAUGGCAGUAACAGCAAGAUCCUUUUUCAAAAUCAAAAGGAGCCAAUUGGUUUGUCAAUAGACUACGCAGACAACAAGAUAUACUGGAUCAGCUCCGGUAAUGGCACAAUAAAUAGAUGCAGCUUGGAUGGCAGUAAUUUAGAAGUAAUUGACUCAUUGAAGGAAGAAUUAACGAAAGCUACAGCCCUGACUAUUGUGGAUAACCGGCUCUGGUGGGCUGAUCAAAAUCUUGGUCGGAUAGGAACGUGCAUUAAACGGGAUGGUGGAAGUGUCUCCAUUGUAAGGAACAAAACGGCAGGAGUGGUUCACAUGAAGCUUUAUGACAAGGAGGCGCAACAAGGUAGCAAUCCCUGCCAGAUGAACAAUGGUGGGUGUUCCCAGCUGUGCUUACCGACCUCUGAAACCACUCGAACGUGCAUGUGCACCGUUGGCUACAACCUUCGGAAAAAUCGAAUGUCCUGUCAAGGUAUAGAGUCAUUUCUGAUGUAUUCUGUCCAUGAAGGAAUAAGAGGAAUUCCACUGGACGCCAGCGAUAGAAUGGACGCCCUUAUGCCCAUCUCUGGAACGUCAUUCGCUGUGGGCAUAGACUUCCAUGCUGGAAAUGACACAAUCUAUUGGACCGACAUGGGCUUCAACAAAAUUAGCCGCUCAAAGCGAGACCAGACAUGGAGAGAGGACAUCAUCACCAAUGGUCUGGGAAGAGUGGAAGGAAUCACCAUAGACUGGAUUGCCGGUAACAUCUACUGGGCGGACCAUGGCUUCAAUCUGAUUGAAGUGGCAAGGCUCAAUGGUUCCUUCAGAUAUGUGGUGAUAUCUCAAAGUAUAGACCAGCCCAGGGCUGUUGCUGUACAUCCAGAGAAAGGUUAUCUUUUCUGGACUGAGUGGGGGCAAACCCCAUGCAUAAGUAGAGCCCGACUGGAUGGAUCAGAAAGGACAAUACUUGUCAACACAGGAAUUGCUUGGCCAAAUGGAAUCUCGGUGGACUAUGAGGAAAACAAAUUGUACUGGUGCGAUGCCCGCACGGACAAGAUAGAAAGGAUCGACCUUGAGAGUGGUCGGAAUCGGGAGAUUGUGCUGUCAGGAAGCAAUGUGGAUAUGUUUUCCGUUGUCGUCUUCGGGGCUUACAUCUACUGGUCUGACAGAGCACACUCCAAUGGCUCUAUCAGAAGAGGCCCCAAGAACGACGCUACGGAUGCUGUAACCAUGAGGACAGGACUUGGAAUUAAUCUAAAGGACGUGAAGGUCUUUAACCGAGCCAGAGAGAAAGGGACCAACAUCUGUGCUAAGAACAAUGGUGGAUGUCAACAACUUUGCUUGUACCGAGGGAAUAUGCAAAGGACGUGUGCCUGCGCUCAUGGAUUUCUGGCCAAAAAUGGGAUUACUUGUCUGAAACAAGAGGGCUAUUUGCUGUACUCGGGGAGAACGGUUUUAAAGAGCAUUCACCUUUCUGACGAAAACAACCUCAAUUCACCUGUACAGCCGUACGAAAACACGGAGUAUUUUAAAAAUAUAAUUUCCUUGGCCUUUGACUACAAAUUUAAUGAGAGAGGUACCAACCGUAUCUUCUACAGUGACGCCCAUUAUGGAAACAUACAAAUGAUCAACGACGACUGGACAAGUAGAAAAGUCAUUGUUGAAAAUGUGGGCUCUGUGGAAGGUCUGGCAUAUCACCGAGCAUGGGAUACUCUUUACUGGACAAGCUCCACAACCUCAUCCAUCACCCGCCACACGGUAGAUCAGAGUCGGAGAGGGGCCUUCAACAGGGAGGCUGUUAUCAGCAUGUCAGAAGAUGACCACCCCCACGUCCUCACCCUCGAUGAAUGCCAGAAUUUAAUGUUCUGGACAAACUGGAAUGAGCAGCACCCCAGCAUCAUGAGGUCCACCUUAUCUGGGAAGAAUGCCCAGGUGAUUGUCAGUACCGACAUUGUCACUCCAAAUGGCCUGACCAUUGACCACUCUGCAGAAAAAUUGUACUAUUCUGAUGGCAGCCUGGGGAAGAUAGAGAGGUGUGAAUAUGACGGAUCCCACAGAUAUGUCAUUGUCAGAUCAGGACCAGGAACAUUCCUAAGCAUGGCAAUCUACGAUAAUUAUAUAUUUUGGUCAGACUGGGUGAGAAGAGCCAUACUCCGAUCCAACAAGUACACCGGUGGGGAGACCAAGGUUCUACGUUCAGACAUCCCUCAUCAGCCAAUGGGGAUUAUUGCAGUGGCCAAUGACACCAACAGCUGUGAGCUGUCACCUUGUUCCUACAUGAAUGGAGGCUGCCAUGACCUUUGCCUUCUUACUCCUGAUGGUCAUGUCAACUGUUCCUGCAGAGGAGACCGAAUAUUUUUAGAUGACAACAGAUGUGUGACCAGAAAUUCUUCCUGUAACUCUUUUUUCGAGUUUGAGUGUGGGAAUGGAGAAUGCAUUGACUACCAGCUGACCUGUGAUGGUGUAAUUCACUGCAAAGACAGAUCAGAUGAAAAACAGUUAUACUGUGAAACCCGAAGCUGCUGGAGAGGCUUUAAACUUUGUGGCAACAAACGUUGCAUCUCCAACAAUAAAGUAUGUGAUGACAAAGACGACUGCGGAGACAACACAGAUGAGUUAGACUGCAAAGUUUCUACGUGUGCGUCCACGGAGUUUCGCUGCACAGAUGGGAGCUGCAUCACAAAGUCCGCCCAGUGUAACCAGAUGAUUGACUGCUCAGAUGCUUCUGAUGAAAAGAACUGCAACAAUACAGACUGUGCUCAUUAUUAUAAGCUUGGAGUGAAAAAGAGCGGAUUUAUACCUUGCAAUUCCACCUCGCUGUGCAUCCUGCCAGAAUGGAUAUGUGAUGGCUCAAACGACUGUGGGGACUAUUCGGAUGAAUUAAAAUGCCCAGCAAAAGGAAAACUCCAAUGCGAAGAGAAUUACUUUGCGUGUCGCAGUGGGAGGUGCAUCUUGAAUACAUGGGUUUGUGAUGGUCAGAAGGAUUGUGAAGAUGGUACCGAUGAGAUACACUGUGGCACCUCCUGUUCCUGGAGUCAGUUUGCCUGCUCUAAAGACAAGUGUAUAUCCAAACAGUGGAUGUGCGAUGGAGAGAAUGAUUGCGGCGACGGAUCUGAUGAAAGUGAUGCUGUUUGCGGAUCUGUGACGUGUGCUAGUGACAUGUUCAGCUGUCCCGGAUCCCACGCCUGCGUUCCUCUUCAUUGGCUUUGUGAUGGUGAAAGAGACUGUCCAAAUGGCAGUGAUGAAUUGUCUACUGCAGGCUGCGCUCCUGUUACAACCUGUGAUGAAAACACUUUUAUGUGUAGCAACAAAGUAUGCAUCCCUAAACAGUUCCUCUGUGACCACGACGACGACUGUGGAGACGGCUCUGAUGAAUCUCCAGAAUGCGGUUACCGCCAAUGUGCUCCUGAUGAGUUUAUCUGCACUGAUGGACGCUGCCUGCUAAAUUACCAGUGGCAAUGCGAUGGAGACUUUGAUUGCCGAGAUGGGUCAGAUGAAGCCCCUGUAAACAGAAAGUGCCUUAAUACAGAACAGUCGUGUAACAACUCGUCUUUCAUGUGUAAAAAUGGAAUGUGCGUUCCGGAGGGAGUUCUUUGUGACAUGGCGGAUGAUUGCGGAGACGGAUCUGAUGAGAGAGGCUGCCAUUUAAAUGAGUGCUUAAGUAAAAGAGUCAGUGGUUGUUCUCAAGAUUGUCUGGAUCUCCCAGUUGGAUACAAGUGCCAGUGCUGGCCAGGAUUCCGACUCAAGAGUGACGGCAAGACGUGCGUAGACAUUGAUGAAUGCUCUGAAGGUUUUCCCUGUAGCCAGCAGUGCAUCAACACCUACGGAACUUACAAAUGCCUGUGUACAGAUGGCUAUGAAAUGCACCCAGAGAACCCAAAGGCCUGCAAAUCUCUAUCAGCGGACGAACCCUUCCUCCUCCUGGCUGACCACCAUGAAAUAAGAAGAAUGAGCACAGAUGGAUCCAAUUACACAAUGCUGAAGCAGGGAUUAAACAAUGCAAUUGCAAUGGACUUUGAUUACAGAGAAGAGGUUGUGUAUUGGAUUGAUUCCAGCAGAUCCAAUGGAAGUCGCGUUAAUCGGAUGUUCAUCAACGGGAGUGAUGUAAAGGUUGUACAUAACACAGCCAUACCCAAUGCCCUAGCUGUGGAUUGGAUUGGAAAGAACCUUUACUGGUUUGACACAGAGAAGAGGGUCAUUGAAGUGUCCAAGCUGACUGGCUUGUACCCUACCAUCCUAGUUAGCAAAAAAAUAAAAUUCCUGAGAGAUCUGUCCCUGGACCCACAGAGCAGGUAUCUGUACUGGAUAGACUGCUGUGAAUAUCCACACGUGGGGCGUGUUGGGAUGGAUGGAACCAACCAAAGCGUUGUCAUAGAAACGAUGAUUUCUAGGCCGACAGCCCUGACGAUAGAUUAUGUCAACAAGCGGAUCUACUGGGCCGAUGAGAAUCAUAUUGAAUUCUCUGACAUGAAUGGGUUGCAUCGUCACAAAGUUCCCAACCAAGAUAUCCAGAGUGUGAUUGCCCUGACAUUGUUCGAUGACUACAUCUACUGGACGGAUGGCAAAACCAAGUCUCUGAGCCGUGCGCACAAAACCUCUGGGGCUGACAAGACGCUGCUACUUAACUCUUGGCAUGCCAUAUCUGAUAUUGAAGUGUACCAUGCCUACAGACAACCUGAUGUGCCUGACCACCCUUGUAAAAUUAACAACGGGGACUGCAGCCACUUAUGCCUGUUAUCUCCUUACAAGUCACACACCUGUGCCUGCCCCACUAAUUUUUACCUCGCUGAAGACAAUAAGACAUGCCUGUCCAAUUGUACCGCCAGUCAGUUUCGGUGUAAUACAGAUAAAUGCAUUCCCUUCUGGUGGAAGUGCGACACGGUAGAUGACUGUGGCGAUGGAUCAGAUGAGCCCCCAGAGUGUCCUGAGUUCAAGUGCCAGCCAGGAAGGUUCCAGUGUGGCAGUGGACUCUGUGCCCUCCCAGCUUUUAUCUGCGAUGGAGAAAAUGACUGUGGAGACAACUCUGAUGAACUCAACUGUGAUACGUAUGUCUGCUUGUCAGGACAGUUCAAAUGCACUAAGAAGCAGAAAUGCAUCCCGUUAAAUUUACGCUGCAAUGGCCAGAAUGACUGUGGGGAUGAAGAAGAUGAGAUUGACUGCCCUGAAAAUAGCUGUUCCCCGGACCACUUUCAAUGUAAAACUACAAAGCACUGUAUAUCUAAACUCUGGGUGUGUGAUGAGGACUCUGACUGUGCCGACGGAUCAGACGAGGCCAACUGCGACAAAAAGACCUGCGGUCCUCAUGAAUUCCAGUGCAAAAAUAAGAACUGCAUUCCAGAUCACUGGCGGUGUGAUGGACAAAAUGACUGCGGUGACAAUUCAGAUGAAGAAUCUUGCAAGCCUCAGACAUGUGCACUGAAAGAGUUCCUGUGCAGUAAUGGCGACUGCAUCUCUGCCAGAUUUUGGUGUGAUGGUGAAUAUGACUGCGCUGAUGGGUCCGAUGAGAGAAACUGUGAGAAUGGCUGCUCUAAAGACCAGUUCCAGUGUUCCACCGGUCAAUGCCUACCAGCGAAGUGGAAAUGUGAUGGCCAUGAAGACUGCAAAGGUGGAGAAGAUGAGAAAAACUGCGAGCCGGCCUCACCAACCUGUUCUUCCAGCGAGUAUGUCUGCAAUAGUGGAGGUUGUAUCUCAGCCUACCUGAGGUGUAAUGGUGAAUACGAUUGUGCAGAUGGCUCAGAUGAGCUGGACUGUGUGAUGGAAUGUAAAGAGAGCCAGUUCCGCUGCAAGAAUAGAGCUUACUGUGUCCCAAUCAGGUGGCUGUGUGAUGGUGUUCAUGACUGCGUGGAUGGGAGUGAUGAAGAUAAUUGUGAGAGAGGGGAGAAUAUAUGCAGAGCGGAUGAAUUUCUGUGUAAUAAUACUCUUUGCAAGCUUCAUCUGUGGCUUUGCGAUGGUGAAGAUGAUUGUGGAGAUAAUUCCGAUGAAGUACCUGAAAUGUGUGUCAAAUUUCCCUGCCCACCGACAAGGCCUUUCCGCUGCCAGAACAACCGCGCGUGCCUAAGGACAGCGCAGAUUUGCAAUGAACUGGAUGAGUGCGGCGAUAACUCUGAUGAGGUUCACUGUGGUAUGAAGCAGAAAGUGAAACCUUGCAAGAAGGAUGAGUUUACCUGUGGUAACAGAAAGUGCAUCGCAUCCGAGCUGCAGUGCGACCAGUUUGAUGACUGUGGAGAUGGAAGCGACGAGCGAGGCUGCAAAGCAGAGCCCAGUGUAUACUCCUGUGAAGCAAAUGUAAAUCCUUGCGGGGAUGACGCCUUCUGCAAUCAAACCAGCACACCGCCUUUUUGUCACUGCAAGCCUGGCUUCCAAAGAAACUUCAGGAACAAACAGUGUGAAGAUAUCAAUGAGUGCUUACUCCUGGGGAGCUGUUCCCAACACUGCACCAACUUGAAAGGCUCCUACAAAUGCACCUGUGACAGAAACUUCAUAGAACAGGGCCACAGCUGCAUUAUAAAAGACUCAGAGGAACAAAUUCUCUACGUGGCCAAUGACACUGAGAUCCUGGCUUUCAGACAUCCAUUUGGCUACAGUGUAGAAUACCAGCAAAUAUCCCGCAUUGCGCACAAUUCUAGGAUUACUGGAAUGGACACCUACCUUCAGGGCAACAUGAUCAUUUGGAGCACUCAGUUCAACCCCGGAGGAAUUUUCUAUAACACCUUUCAUGGCAGGGCAGGCAAAGAAACCAAGAGUGGAUUGAUUUGUCCCGAGUUCAAAAGACCCCGAGACGUAGCUGUGGAUUGGGUGACAGGGAAUAUCUACUGGACGGAUCACUCCCGAAUGCACUGGUUUAGCUAUUACACCACCCAUUGGACAAGACUGAGAUACUCCAUAAAUGUUGGACAAAUCAAUGGACUCAACUGCACACGGCUCCUCACCAACAUCGCAGGAGAACCCUAUGCAAUCACUGUGAAUCCUAAAAAAGGGAUGAUGUACUGGACCGUCAUUGGAGAUCAAUCGCAUAUUGAAGAGGCAGCAAUGGAUGGGACUUUAAGAAGAAUACUGGUGCAAAAAAACUUGGAGAGGCCAACAGGCCUUGUCGUUGACCAUUUCGGACAGCGUUUGUACUGGGCCGACUUUGAAUUGUCCGUUAUUGGCUCUGUGAAACUUGAUGGUUCUGAUUCAGUUAUGGUGGUCACUAAUAAACAAGGACUGAUGUACCCUCACAGAAUAGACAUAUUUGAGGAUUACAUUUAUGGCGCUGGUCUUAAAAAUGGUGCAUUUAGAAUACCGAAGUCUGGCAACGGCACCAUGGAGUUUUUAAACUUGAACGUGGAGAAAGCAAAAAGCGUCUUAAUCGCACAUCAUUACAAACAGCCACACAUGCCCAACCCUUGUUUGGAUAUCAAAUGUGAGUUCAUCUGUCUGUUGAAUCCCACCAGUGCUUCCUGUGUGUGUCCAGAAGGAAAAGUUCUAGUGAACGGAACAUGCACAGAUCAGAACUAUGCAGAUGACUUAUGCAAACUGACUUGUGAAAACGGCGGCAGAUGUAUAAUAAAUGAGAAGGGCGCUCUAAGAUGCCACUGCUGGCCCAGUUUCUCUGGAGAAAGAUGCGAGAUGAACCACUGCACUAAUUACUGCCUGAACGGAGGGACAUGUACCGCUUCUGCUUUGGGUAAACCCACUUGCACCUGCACUUUAGGAUUUACGGGACCUAACUGUGGCAAAAAAGUCUGUGAGAAUGUGUGUCAGAAUGGAGGCGCUUGUAGCGUAUCACCUGGCAAUCAAGCCCUGUGUACCUGCUUUAAUGAAUAUACAGGGGACAGAUGCCAAUACCAUGUGUGCCACCAUUACUGCGUGAACUCAGAAUCCUGUACAAUCUCCGAUGAUGGCCGAGUAGAAUGCGUCUGCCCGCUGAGAUACGAAGGCUCCAAAUGUGAAGUAGACAAAUGCCUGAGGUGUCGAGGUGGACUCUGCAUCAUAGACAAAAACAGCAAUGACGUCAUUUGCAACUGCAGCAACGGCAAGCUGGCCUCCAGCUGUCAGUUGUGUGAUGGCUACUGUUAUAAUGGGGGCACUUGUCAGCUGGACCCGGAGACCAACAUCCCAGUCUGCGUAUGUUCAGCCAACUGGUCAGGAAAGCAGUGCGAGAGGCCGGCUCCCAAGAGCAGCAAGUCUGACAAUACUGGUUCAAGCAGCAUUGCGAUAAUCGUGCCCUUGGUUCUACUUGUGACCCUCAUAACAACCUUGGUAAUUGGUCUUCUGCUGUGCAAAAGACGGAGAAGGGCAAAAACAAUAAGAAGACAACCUAUAAUCAACGGCGGAAUGAAUGUAGAAAUUGGAAAUCCAUCUUAUAAUAUGUAUGAGGUGGACCAUAGUCACAAUGAUGGAACGCUAUUAGACCCUAAUUUCAUCAUAGAACUAGAUAAGUCCAGGUUCAUAGCGGGUGGGCCUACUGCUUUCAAAAUAACCCACACUGCACCUCCUAGCUACCUAAAUUCAGAUCUGAAAGGACCGCUAGCACCAGGGCCAACAAAUUACUCCAAUCCAGUGUAUGCAAAACUUUUUGUGGAUGGACACAACUGUCGGAAUUCCUUAAUCAGCGUAGAAGAAAGACGUGAACUUCUUCCAAAGAAAAUAGAAAAUGCUAUCCGGGAGACUGUGGCUUAAGCUCCGCUGUUCCGUUACCUUUUCUACUCUGUAUAAAUGUAUAAAAUAUGAUUACUUUUCUAUGUACCAACAGUAUUCUAAUUGUUUUGUCAUCAGCAUUACCUCUUUUUUCAUUUUCGGUUUGUUUUGCUGAUGACUAGACUGACCAUUUGUAUGGUAUUUUUAUGAAAAAUAAACUGCACUACAGUACAAUUUAAAAGAAAAAAAAAUGCUGCUGUAAUAGGAGAACGUUUUAUUUGCUAAAUCGAAGGACACACUUCCUUUGUAGGGUAAGAAAAUGAAAUAUUCAUUUUAUAUGAACUUUUUUAGGUUCACUAUUGUCUUUUCAUUAAAUAAUCAAAAAGAAAAAAAACAAACAAAAAAAAGAUGACAGACACUUUGUUAGCUAUUGAUUUGAAUUGCGAUCUUUAGAAUAUUUUAAUUAUAUAUGCAGAUUUAUGCUUGUAUUUGGGUGAUAAUUUACAACAAUUAAUACAGACACACAAUCGAUGUGGCAGCCGUCAACAAAGGAUUGAAGACUAUUCGUGAAUGGACGACAAACAUGCCUUUUUUUAUUUAAUUAAAGGGUCGCUUAACAAAAAUGAUUAGCUGUUUUCUAUAAAAGUGGUUUAAAAUAA